AGUCUUGAAUGACUGACUGGAGUACUGAUCCUUGUUUCAUUUUGCUUGAUGUUAUGAGAUCACCCUGCAGUUUGUGCACAGUGAGCAUGAACAUCAUCCUGCAGCACCCCAUCGACUAGGACCAGAUAAAGCUCCGCCUUCCACCUCCUCUUCAUCAGUUAGCCUAAAACGCUCCACCUCCAGCUUCUGAUGGCUACCAACCCAAGCCCCGUCCACUUACAAAACAGCAUGGAGGCAGCACAGCAGCCAGACCAGCCAAUCAGCACACAGCCAGAUGGAGAGACCAAUCAUUGCACAGUGACUUCUCAACCUGUCAGUGCCGAGCAACAAGCCCUGCCCCAAGCAACAGACACUCCCGAAGCCAAGCAGACAGAUGAGAGCAAACCCAUGGAGCACCUGUCAGUGAUCAAUGAGAACACAGAGACAAGUAACGGAGUUGCUCCAGGCAUGGCUAACUCCUCUCCAACAGCGCCCUCUGUGUCACCUAAGCAGCAACACUCCAAACCUGGAGGCAGCGCCAAUGGUCAGCCUCGGAUAAGUAGCCGGUCUGCAUCUUUGGCAGGAAAUUCACCUCGACCUUCACUCACACGCCAGGCCAGCACCAUCACAGAGGGAGCCAUAGAUGGUUCCAAGCCCAGGGACUACCUAAUGUUGGCCAUACUGUCGUGUUUCUGCCCGCUAUGGCCCAUCAACAUCGUCGCUCUCACCUUCUCCGUCAUGUCCCGAAACAGUCUACAGCAAGGCAACGUGGAUGGAGCUCGACGUUUGGGCCGUAACGCCAUGGUGUUGUCCAUCGUCUCUAUUUUGGGUGGGAUCGCCAUCAUCGUCACGGCCAUCGUCCUCAACAAGGGAUUUAUCUUAAAGUCCUGAUAUGGUUCCUCGCCUGGUGACACAAACUUCACGCAGUCUGACCGACACGACACCGUUCUCUCCUGAAGCACUGUCAUCUUCAAGCGCCUGCACCAGAUGAAAAAAAAAAAGUAAAAAUCUGAUCCUGUUCUUUGCUGUUGAUCCUUGUUGCACGAGCAUGGUCCACCCUCAACUUCUGACAAGACACGCCCACUUCUGUCACAGACGCCUGAUUUGGAUAUCAAAGGAGAAAUGGGUGGAGUAUCGACCUUCACACAGACACAAACCAAUGUAGGAACCACUUUGCUUGGAACUUUAUGGCUCCUGGUUGCAUUUGCACCAAAUUUCAACCUUCAUAUGACAAUUCACCAAUCAGCACUGCUGUGAUAUAUUUUUUUUUAUCAUUAUUACUUCUCAGCACCACUUUGUGUUGUGCAACAUUCCAACAAAAUCUUUCAAGUUUCAUUUUUCCUUUUUUCCACCCCAUUCUUGAUCUCUUCUGCAAAAACUGAAGGGCUUGCACCUCACUGGUCUUCAGGCUUGUUUGCAUUUUCUAUGACAGAUUUUGUUCCUGGUUGUGGAUCUCCGCCUAGGGAAGGUUCUUCCUCGUACCACUGAAGACUACCUUCCCAUGAGUGGGCACUAGGAACUCAAGUGGUUCCUGGUUCUUUAGUGGAGAAAACAACAGUCCUGAAAAUGUUCCUUGCUGUUGAAGCAGUUCCUAAAGCAAUCCUUGCUUCAAAGUUGCUGUUGUCAUGGAAACCAACAUCUGGGAUGAUGAGUCAAAUAUCUCCAAGCCACUGAAGCAGUAACAGGAGCAGAAGAAUGAUGCUGAAAACAGCAACUCCACAUUCAAAAGCCAAACCUGAAGAACCAACAAACAACAAAGACUUUACACUGAAUGCAGGACAGCAAACAUAAAGAGUGACGUGUUGAUUUUUCAUUAUUCAUGUGUUUCCGGGUGAUAACACACAGUAAGGUGGCCCAUUGGUGCAACUCAACUACCCUUCUGAAAAUUCAGCAGCAAAACUGUAAACAUAACAUUUCACAUAACAACGGUUGAAGAAGGAUU